UGUAAGGUCCAUACCAGUAAAGGCCAAAUGGAAACUUUGCUGCAACAGCUGACCCGUGGCAAUGCACUGUUCCUCAUCAUUAUCUUGGGAAUUGGAGGAAGCUUUCACGCCGGCUACCACAUCAGUGGUUUAAGUUCUCCCUCACCAUAUAUACAGCGUUUCAUCAACAGCAGCUGGUAUGAUAGAUAUGAAGAGCUUCCACCUGCACAGACGGUCACGACGAUCUGGGGUCUUAUUGUUUCCGUUUACGCUGUCGGGGGACUGUUUGGUGCUGCCAGUGUCAAAUUCAUCCCUGGCAAGUUGGGAAGAAAAAAGGCGAUGAUCGGCAACAGCUUAAUUUCCAUUGUUGCAGCAGGGAUCAUGCUGACAAGUAAAGGGGCCAAUUCUUAUGAAAUGAUCAUUGUGGCAAGGAUUCUGCAUGGCUACUCUGCGGGUUUGGGAGCGAGCAUCCAUUUGAUGUAUCUCGGGGAGAUUUCACCCAGACAGAUAAGAGGCAUAGUGACUCUGACCUCAACGACCUUUGUGUCACUUGGCAAACUGUCCGGGCGUAUUUUUGGAUUAAGUGAGAUCCUUGGUUGUGAGGAGCUGUGGAAUAUCAUUCUCUGUGUCCCCGCAUUUUUCUCAGUGGUUCAAAUUGUAGUGUUGCCUUUCUUUCCUGAGGCUCCCAGAUACUUAUACAUAGAGAGAGGUGAUGAUAAGGCAUGCAAAAAAGCUCUCCAGAGUCUGUGGGGCGAAGGUGACUACAAACAGGAAAUGGACGAAAUGUUGGCUGAGCAGGCAGCCAUUGAAUCAGCUCCACCAAAAAGCCCCCUGCAGCUGCUGGGGGACAGGACUGUCCGAUGGCAGCUCAUCACCAUGUCCCUCAUCUACUGCUGCAACCAGCUGUCGGGCAUGUCUGCGAUCAAUACCUUUUCUUUUGACAUCUUCCUGAAGGCAGGCAUACCAAGUGAAGAGAUCCGCUAUGUCACUCUUGGUCUUGGAGUAGCUGAAAUCAUCACCUCCAUCUCCUGUGGUCUGCUGAUUGAGCGCACAGGGAGGAGGCUGUUGUUCUGGGGGGGCUACGGUGCCAUGGCUGCUAGUUGGGCGUUGGCCAGUGUCAUGCUGAACCUGAAGGAUUCCGGCUAUUGGGGUCCUUACAUUACCGCUGGUUUGAUCAUCCUCUUCAUCAUCUUCUUUUGUGGAGGACCUGCGGGAGCGACAGCUACUCUCAACAGUGAGAUAUUUAUCCAGUCCAAUCGAAUGGCAGCGAUUGUCAUCAUUGGAAUCCAGCGCUGGUUGGUGUAUUUUGUGCUGGGCCUGGUCUUUCCAUUCCUUAUUAAUGCUCUCAGCUCAUACUGCUUUGUGCUGUUUGCCUGUAUGUGCCUGUUGGGAUGUCUUUAUACCUUUUUCGUCCUGCCUGAGACUAAAGGCAAGACCCUGCUGGAGAUCUCUGAGGAGUUUAAAGCCAUCAAAGUCUGUGGGAAAUCCUUCUUAAAGAAAAGGAAAGUGGAGACCAAGUUAUGA